UGAAACAGAAGGAUGGGCAAGAAAAAGAUUGGAUGCACCGGGACUUUCCGGUGGCGGUGGCAGAGGAGUCAAAGUGGCGCAGCAACAGAGCACACCCAGUUUGCGAAAUUCGAAUUGGGAUUUUGAUUUGUGUGAGUAAAUUAAGAGAGCGAGUUCAAAAUUGGGGGCUGAAAUGGUAGAAUUAUUGGUAGCGAAAAAUUGGGGUUGAAGACAGACACUGUUAGAUUGAUAAGUUUAGGGUUUAUGUUGGAAUUAGGUCAAAAUUUCAAAUGGGGAGAAUUUUUCUGAUCGAAUUGGAUGGCAGAACUUACAGAUGCAGAUUCUGUGACAACGCUCUUGCCCUUGCCGACGAUGUCCUCUCUCGGUCUUUCAACUGCCGUCAAGGAAGGGCAUAUCUGUUCAGCAAUGUGGUGAACAUAACGCUUGGUCCUGAGGAAGAUAGGCUAAUGUACUCUGGUUUGCAUACUGUGGAAGAUAUUUUUUGUUGCUGCUGCGGACAUAUUCUUGGCUGGAAAUAUGUAAUUGCACACGAAAAAAACCAAAAAUACAAGGAAGGAAAGUUUGUGCUCGAAAGAUGGACGAUAGUGGAGGAUGUAGCUGAGGAAUUCAGCUUGGACGCUCGUCUUGGUUCAAGUGAUGGAGAAAAUCCCUAGCAAAGUUCAACACUUAUACAAAUAAUAAGAGCUGGAUGCUACAUAGUUAUUAGCACUACAAACAAUAUCAAGAGUACUGAAUUCUGUAUUACACUUUCAGGUGAGUUUUUUUUAUUUUUUUCCAACUAAAUGUCUUAAUUACCCCUAUCCAUCAAGUCAAUCCAUCGAUCGAUGUUAUAAAUUUGUCUCUCGCGGCUGUUUUUGAGAAUUGUGAUUAUGAACAACUAGUUCGAGUGUA